AUCUAUGAAGCUGGAGAACAGAGUUCGAGUCCCAGCAAGGCCACUGGGAUUCUGGGGAUUUGCAGAAAGGAGCUUGAGGCUGGAGUGAGGCCUCCCCCAACCUCCGCAUGGCCUGGGGAUGAUGGGAACGGGACUUCUUCGCUUUGGACUACACUUCCCAUCAGGCCCCUGGCAUCCCCUGCACUAGUUCCAAGGGAAAGGAGGCCCUCAGGGAAGGCCCAGGGAGGCUUGGGUCUGGCGCCCAGCUCUUUAGGGGAGGAGAAAGGAGGAAGGCCGAAGGAAGAGGAGGAAGGAGGGAUUGGAGGAGGAGGAGAGGAGACAAAAUGGCGGCGCCCUCAGAGCCCUCUUCUUCCCCUCAGCCUCAUCCCGGGCGACGCUGCGCCUUCUUCGUGGAGAGGAAGAGGCGCUUCUGCAAGAUGGUCCCUGCCCAAGGAAGGCGCUUCUGUGGAGAACAUGGCGCCCAAGAGGAAGAAAAAGGCAGAAAAAGAAUUCCCUGCCCUUUGGAUCCAAAGCACACUGUAUAUGAAGAUCAGCUGCAAAAACAUUUGAAGAAGUGUAAUUCAAGAGAGAAACCAAAGCCUGUCUACUUUGCCCAAGAUAUUAAUGCAGGACUGAAAGAUUCAACAGAAUUAUCUGAAGAACAGCAAGUGCCACUUUCUACACUGUCUAAAGAAGACUUAGAAGACCUAAUUAGGAAGCUAAGAAGAGCAAGUACUAGUAUAAAUUAUGUACUUAAGGACCAAAUCCUUUGUCAUCAGGCUUUACAAGAGGCUCUGAGUGACCCCAAAAAUGGAGAUGCAGCUACUAAACAUUUGAAGCAACAGGCUUCUAUAUUAGGUAACAUGGAAAGACUGCAUUUACUUCGACCGGGGAACUGUUUUGUCGAAUUUGGAGCCGGACGAGGAAAGCUGUCCCACUGGGUGGAUAUAGCUAUCCAAGAUGCUCAAGAUGUUCAUUUUCUUUUGGUUGAAAGGGCAACUACAAGGUUCAAGGUAGAUGGGAAGCACACAAAAAGUAGUUUUGAAAGGCUUCAAGUUGAUAUACAACACUUGAACUUAAGUACAGUACCUGUUCUUGCAAAAGAGAAGCUACCUGUUAUAGGAAUUGGAAAGCAUGUAUGUGGUGCUGCAACAGAUCUUGCUUUGAGAUGUUUAGCUGAAACCUAUGCAAAACACUGUGACGAGAGAAAGGAAGAUCCUGCUCCAAAACGCUUGAAGACUGAUGAAACCAACAAAACAACUUAUAAUUCAGAUGAAACUUGUAUCAAAUCUGUCUGUGGGAAUGGGAGUCCUGUGGCUGGAAUUGUUAUUGCGCUCUGUUGCCAUCACAGGUGUGACUGGAAGCAUUAUGUAGGCCAAGAAUUCUUUACAACAUUAGGACUUGGGGCAAUGGAAUUUAAUUAUUUUAAAAGAAUGACAAGCUGGGCUACUUGUGGCAUGAGAGAGACUGCAAGAAAAGCCUCUGUGACUGAUACAAAGAAUGAAGAGCAAAGCAUUGAGACGGAAGAACAUGAGAAAGAUGGCAAUAGUGUUGAUUGCAGUUGGGAUAGCCUUCAAGGGCUGUUAACCACUGAAGAACGAAAACAGUUAGGUCACCUUUGCAAACUGUUGAUUGAUCAUGGUCGGAUUGAAUAUUUACAGCAGAGAGGUUAUGAAGCUGUUUUGCAGUACUAUACAGACCUCAGUGUGUCGUUAGAAAAUGUCCUUUUGACAGCUGUGCCAUGUCAGUCUCCAAUACCCCCCUCAACUGCUUAAAAGUGAAAAAAUACUAUUGUUUACUAUUGUUAGACAAAUAAUUUAACAAGAAAACCAAGAAGUUCUAGAAUUUUAAGGUCCAGGAUUUUGCUUACCAAAUUUUUAUUCCUUUUACGAUCUCCUCUGGAACCAGAAGAAGAAAACAUCAGCUUAUUCUUCAGCAAUGAGAGAACAACUUGGCAUUUGUUACAGAGAACAUAAAUGUAGCUCAAUCUUUCUUUGCUUAAGAGAACUGUAAAGGCACAGUUGUUUUUUUCAUUUGUCAGCAGCAGUAUCUCCAAUAUCACUUUCCAUGUUUUCUGAAAAAGAAAUCCACAUGCCAAGAAACCUACAUUUAUGUUUUAAAAUAUCAUGGCCUUUUAUUUAUUAUUUUAUCUACCGGUAACUUCUUCCCUAUACCUUUUUGUAAACCCUUUUCUACAUGUUCUUAACUGCUUUUAAAUUCUGCCUUUGCAGAGGAAUAAAGCACUUAUACUGA